GUACUACUCCAAAAGUCCUGAGCCCCUCUGCAUGUAGAUAUAUACAUACACAGAGAUACAAAGAGAAGGUGAGGUCGACCAAACUUAUACAGACAGCUUCAUGGAGGUUGGGGGUGAAGUGAAAAACAAUGCCCCGUCGUCCUUCCAGCUACAGCAGCCGCCUACGCCGGCGGAGCCGCUGCGGAAGAUCAUCCUCGUGGCUGCGAUAGCCGCGGGGGUGCAAUUCGGGUGGGCACUGCAGCUCUCCCUUUUGACUCCUUACGUGCAGUUACUGGGCAUACCCCACGCUUGGGCGGCCUUCAUUUGGCUGUGUGGCCCCAUUUCUGGUUUGUUAGUCCAGCCCAUAGUCGGCUACUACAGUGACAACUGUACCUCCCGGUUUGGGCGGCGCCGACCAUUCAUCACCGCCGGUGCCGGCCUUGUUGCGGUGGCUGUCUUUCUUAUUGGUUUCGCUGCUGAUUUGGGACAUGCGGCGGGUGAUUCUCUUGGCAAGGGUCCGAAGCCUAGGGCUAUUGCUGUUUUCGUGGUUGGGUUUUGGAUUCUAGAUGUUGCAAAUAACAUGUUGCAGGGGCCGUGUAGGGCAUUUUUGGCUGAUUUAUCCGGCGGAAAUGCGAGAAAAAUGAGCACCGCUAAUGCUUUGUUCUCCUUUUUCAUGGCGGUCGGCAAUGUUCUAGGCUACGCCGCGGGUUCAUACACCAGCCUAUACAAGAUCUUCCCAUUCUCCAAAACCGAAGCCUGCGACUUGUACUGUGCGAACCUCAAGAGCUGUUUUUUCAUCUCCAUAGCUCUUCUGUUGACUAUGACAGUACUCGCACUCACCAUUGUUCGUGAAACCGCACCCGCCGCCGCGCCGGAACAGACGGCAGUGGCUAAGAAGGGGAAGAUUCCGGUGUUUGGGGAGUUAUUCGGUGCGCUGAAGGACUUGCCCCGGACGAUGUGGAUUUUGCUGCUGGUGACGUGUCUGAAUUGGGUUGCUUGGUUCCCUUUCCUGUUAUUCGACACUGAUUGGAUGGGAAGGGAGGUGUACGGAGGUGAGGUGGGGACAAAGCUGUACGAUCAUGGAGUACGCGCCGGUGCAUUGGGGUUGAUGAUCAACUCUAUAGUCUUGGGCUUAGCUUCCCUUGGGGUUCAAUUCUUGGCGCGUAGGCCUCGCCGGGUGAAGAAAUUGUGGGGUGCGGUCAACUUUUUGUUGGCAAUUUGUUUGGCCAUGACUGUUUUGAUCACCAAGUUAGCGGAGCGCGGCCGGCCGGCCUCCGGUGCCACUGCACCCCCGGCGGUGGGUAUAAAGGUUGGAGCUUUGGCCCUUUUCGCCGUCCUUGGCAUUCCUCUAGCAGUAACUUACAGCAUCCCAUUUGCUUUGGCUUCCAUAUUUUCCAGUAAUUCUGGUUCAGGACAAGGUCUGUCGCUUGGAGUUCUGAAUCUUGCAAUAGUCAUACCACAGAUGGUGGUGUCUGUGGCUAGUGGGCCAUGGGAUGAAUUGUUUGGAGGUGGUAACUUACCAGCGUUCGUGGUGGGUGCCAUUGCAGCCGCGGUGAGUGGUAUUUUAUCCCUCGUCAUGCUGCCGUCACCGCCUGAUGAUGUUGCAGCAGCUAAGGCUAUGACCGUCGGAGGAUUUCACUGAAAUGUUUACGUCGCAUUUAAGUUCUCUUUCCGGGCUUGAAGUUGUUCGCAUCUCGUUUUUCUGGGGAUUGUAAUUUUUGUUGCCCCCCACCCCCGGGCCAUCUAGUGCUUUCUUUCUGUCAGAAACUAUGGCCAGAUUUGUAAACGCUAAGCGUGAUAUUGGUAUGACUGUUAAGUAUGGUCUUCCGGGGAUGCCUAAACUAGUUUUCUAUUUCAUUAUGAAGGUCUUGAAAUCAUUUAUCCGAAUUCCAGAGCAAUUACAUUUACGUUUGGGA